AGCACUCCCUGAAUUCACAGCUCCCACCCGUGGGAUCAUCACCCCGCAUCCCACAGCUGACCGGGGUGGGGGAGCUUGGCCCUGGUAUCCUGGAGGGUUCCUGGGUUGGGUUUUUUUGUGGGUGAUGUUUGAAGAAUGAAGAACUCCAAAGCUGUAUGCAAAAUGCCCCUUGGGGGAACAUUGGGGGGUCCUGGUGGCAGCUGCUGGCAGAGGCAGCCUGGAGGAGCAGAGCCCUGUGUCCCCCAGGACCCCAAAGUGGGGAGCCCAGAGAGGAGGAGCUCUGCAAUUUGUUGGACCCUCAACAGCCUGGAGAGGGGCAGGGGGAACUCCUUGGACCCCCUGCACCCCAAAGCAGAGAAUAAGGGGAGAAGGGACUCUGAAGCCCCAAAAACCUCCAGCAUCCCUAAGUGCUGAGAUGGAAACGGGUAACUUCUCGGAUUCCUGGCACUCCCAGCAGCCUGGGGAGGGCAGGGACUGAGUAGACUGGUGACCCCCAGUGCAAACGUGACCUCCAGGAGCUGGGAUGGGAGGGAAACCCUGAACACCAAAGGGGAGAGAACAGAGAUGGGGAACUUCUGGGAGGAAUUUUCAGGGCUGAAUCUUGGUGUUUGGGGGUUUUUAUGGACUCCAGAUGCCCCGGUGACUUGUAGAGAUGAACAUGGGCAGAAGGAACCCCCUCAGCCCAUCUGCUCAUGAAUCGUAUUUUUCCCCAAGCCAGGAUUUCCCAUUCCCAAACCUUGGCUGGAUGGAGGAAGAGGCUACAAGGAAGAGGAAGAUGCCCCAGGACACCCAGGCAGACAAGGAGCUGAGGAUGGAGACCAGGGAGAACAAAUCCCCAUGGCAGAACCUCAUGGAACAGGCUGAUUUGAGCAGCUCCACAGCGCAGAAAUCCAAUGGGGAGGAAAAGCCCUGGAGAUCCCACAGGAGGAGGGGCUCCAAACCCAUCCCAGGGUGCUCUGAGGAGGAAAGACCCACCCUGUGCCGGGAAGGCGGCCGGAGAUCCAGCCAGGCCUCUGAGCUGGUGGUCCAUGAGCAGCUUCAGGAUGGGGAGAAGCGCUACAAGUGCUUGGAGUGUGGGAAGAGCUUCAGCUACAGAAACAGCCUGAUCCACCACCAGAUGAUCCACACUGGGGAAUGGCCCUAUGAGUGUGGAGAAUGUGGGAAGGGCUUCAGCUGCGUCUCCGACUGCAUCCAUCACCAGUGCAUCCACACUGGGGAGAGGCCCUACGAGUGUCCCGAGUGUGGGAAGAGGUUUCAGACUAGCUCUCAUCUCCUCCAGCACCAGUGGAUUCAUACAGAGGAGAGGCCUUUCCACUGCCCCGACUGUGGUGGGGGCUUCAAGGACAACUCCAACCUCAAUAGGCACCGGUGCAUCCACACUGGGGAGAGGCCCUAUGAAUGUCUCCAGUGUGGGAUGAGGUUUCGCAUCAGCUCCACUCUCCUCGUGCACCAGCGGAUUCACACAGAGGAGAGGCCCUUCCGCUGCCCUGACUGUGGGGAGGGCUUCAAGCACAACUCCACCCUCACCAUUCACCGGCGCAUCCACACUGGGGAGAGACCCUUCAAGUGUGGGGAAUGUGGGAAGAGAUUCACCCAGAGCUCUCACUUGACCAAACACCAACAGAGGCACCAAUAAGGGAAGCCCUGCAAGUGCCCCAAGUGCAGGAAGAGCUUUGUGUGCUGCCCCAACUCCAUCCCCCAUCAGAGGACCCACGUUGGGCAGAGCCCUGAUGACCCACAUUACCAGUGAUCUGUGUUGGGAAGACACUGGGCUGGUGGUCAUUUUAGUUUGGUUUCAAUUAUCUUUUGGUUCAUCUUCAUCCUUGUAAAACAGACAAAAUUGGGGUAAAAAUCAACAAAUUCAUCAAAAGCAUCUUAAACCUUACUUUUUACUAGUGUUUCAAGGGAAUCUGGGAUUUAGGGAGAAACUUGGGGGUUGUGGCGGUAUUUGGUGUAGUUGUCUCCAUUUCUUGGCAUUCAAAGGGAUGAGAGGGUUUGAUCUGCCACCUCUAAACCACUCCAAAAUUUUACCAUUCCACAGCCUCUAAGGGUGUGAUGCCUUAAGCUUUAGCUUUCAUGUUUUUCAUAUUCUGCACUGGCUAGGUUUGUAGUUUUGAACUUCAUAUUAAGUGUUGGUGAGCUCUCUUCACAGAGUAGGUAGACAAAACAAUUCCUUUUCUAGCUUGAUACUAA